AUGAAUAAUCACUCUCCCUGGGUCCACACGAUAUUUGAACCAGAUACCGAAACAGCCCAAUACGUUGUAACCGAUCUUGAAACUCGGGAAGCGUAUAUUAUUGAUCCCGUUCUGGACUAUGAUCCCUUUGGAGGCACUGUUCAGGGCAUGAUGGCAGAAAAAAUCCUCAAGUUUGUUCAGCAACAUCAACUGAAUGUGACCAAGAUUAUUGAUACACACGUACACGCGGAUCAUUUGACAGCCGCUCACUAUUUAAAACAGAAAUUGGAGAUGAAAGUAAGUGUGCCCGAGUUUUGGAUGGGUAACAAGGUGACCGCAGUUCAAGACGUGUUUACGAAAAAGUACAAUUUCAAGUACCAGGAGUUGAAGCCAGCCGGUGAACUGUUUGAUCGAUUAGUUCAAGAAGGCGACACAUGGACUCUUGGAAACAAUAUCCAGUGUAGCGUACUUAGUACCCCUGGUCACACCCCUGCAUGUUCAUCCUACCGAAUUGGUGAUGCAGCCUUUGUAGGUGACACCUUGUUCAUGCCUGAUAUCGGUACAGCUCGUUGUGAUUUCCCCGGCGGUAGCACUGAGCAAAUGUACAACAGUGUCCAAAAGAUGUAUAAAAGCUGGCCCGAUGAUACACGUAUCUACGUUGGCCACGAUUAUCCCCCUGCCAACAGCAAUCGACAAUAUGACGUGAUGACAACGUUGGGCGCUCACAAGAGAUUCAAUAAGAUGAUCAGCGAAUCGGCUACCCCAGAGUCCUACCAUAAACUGAGAAGUGAACGUGACGCAGCAUUGAAAGCGCCCCGGCUUAUUCACCCAUCACUUCAGGUAAACGAAUAUCUCUCCAAUAGAAUAUGCUUCGAAAAUUAUACUGACUCCUAA